CCGGCCCCUCGCCCCGCCGCGCUGCCGGGCGCCCCGCACCGCCGCCACCGCCGCCCUCCGGCCCUCCCGGCUCCCCCAGCCCCACCGCCGCCAUGCCGGGCGAGGCGGCGGCCGCGCUGGCCAUGGGUGUGCUGCUCGCCGCUUGCCACGCGCUGGAGAACACCACGGCGGCCUGGAGCGCUCCAGGCCCGCCAGUGGCGGCGGCGGUGAGGUCCCACUUCAACGACUGUCCUGACUCUCACAGCCAGUUCUGCUUCCACGGCACCUGCCGGUUCCUGGUCCAGGAGGACAAGCCGGCGUGCGUGUGCCAUUCGGGGUACGUGGGGACGCGGUGCGAGCACGCCGACCUCCUGGCCGUGGUGGCCGCCAACCAGAAGAAGCAGACGAUCACCGCCUUGGUGGUGGUGUCGGUGGUGGCCUCGGUGCUGCUCAUCGGCGUCUGCGUGCUCAUACACUGCUGCCGGCUGCGGAAGCGGUGCCAGUGGUGCCGGGCGCCCGUCGGCGGCCAGGAGAAGCCGGGUGGGCUCCUGAAGAGCGGUACCUCCUGCUGCCACGCCGAGACGGGGGUCUGACGGAGCUGGGGGUCCCGCCGCCGCCCCCCCACUCAGGACACCCGUGCCGGGGACCAGCGCAGCAUCUCUCCUCUUUUUUGGUCUUUUUUUUUUUUGUUGUUGUUGUUGUUUUCUUUUUUAUCUGUCUUUCUUUCCUCCCCCCUCCGGCCACGGAAGACGGCGAGCGAUCGCCCCGGCAGGAGACGCGCUCGGCAGCACCGUAAGCGUGCCGGCAGCAGCAAAGCGCUGGCAGAGCCGGGCAUCGCCCCCGCCGCAAAGCCAAACCCCCCGGCCACGGUUUGGAUUGGGGGUUUUUUUUUGUUGUUGGGUUUUUUUUUUCCCCCCUUUGGUUUUGGGUUUGUUUUUUUUCCUUUUGCUCAGAUUAUUUUUUUUUAAACCAGAACCCCCCACUCCCACAGGAUGGGGCUUUAUUUUUCUAUAGAAACAGAAGGGCGAACCCUCCGCCUCGGCAGUCGCAUGGACUGUGCUCACUUUGGGGACAGAUACGAGCUUUUUAUUAAUAAUAAAAUGAACCUUAAUCCUAGGAAACCUCCUCAAGCCGGUGCUCUAACCUCCCGGUGCAGCGUUAAUUCUUCUCGUAGUCUUUAUCAUAACCAAUCCGAAGCUGUUUUGUUUGGUUUUUGGUUUGGUUUUGGUUCUUUUUUUUUUUUUUUUUUUAAAGAAAAAAAAGUCAUGGUUACUCUCAUGUCUUCUGUAUAUGUUGCACUGAAAGUUAAUAUUUAAUGUUUUAAUUUAUUUUGUGUGGUUAAAUUAAUUUUGAUUUCUAUAAUAUGUUAUUGUGAUCGGCUGUUCUUUUUUUCCCCUAAUACCUGGAUUAUAGUUAUUUAAGUGAUAUAAAGGACACAUUUUUCAAAAAA